UUUAUGGUCUGCGUGGUAGUAGUGUGAAAGCAUCGGUACUCUCAUAACGACGUUGAUGAAUCGAUAUUGAUAGUAUUAUUUCAAAUAUCUUGUAUAUUUUUGUAAAUAUUUUUAUAAUAAUGAAUAACAACUCUCCUACAAGGAAGAGCAGUAACAAUCGAGAAAUUCCAUCUCGUCGCGUUGUAAUUAAUGAUGCGUCUCAGUUACCUAUAGACUACUCUUCUACUCCUGGUGGAACCAUUUUUGCAACUACACCAGGCGGCACUCGUAUCAUAUAUGAUAGAUCCUUUUUAAUGCAAAUGCGGAAUUCUCCAAUUGCUCGAACCCCACCAAAGAAUUUGCCGAAUAUUCCGGGAAUCACUAGUCCUAAUCAAAACAAACCAAAGGAAAAUGGUGCUAUUGUUGAAGGUGAAGGAAAGCAAGAAAACCAUGAAGAAGUCUUGUUCACUAUGGAUGUGUGAAGCAUCUACAUUUUCAAAACUUAACAGCUGAAACCUUGGAUAUCCCGUGCCAUUGUAACGUCAUGAUUUAAAACUGAGAGCUGCCCGGUUCAAGAAGUGUCAACUUCUGUGCAUCACAGUGUUAUUUUGUGAUUUGCCAUAUUUGUUACAUGUUUUUCCCCUUUUUUACUAUGUUUUGUGGAAUUAAAAGCAUACCAUGCUUUAUUUUGUUCAUAUAACAAUGAGUUUGUUAAAUCUCAUGUACUGUUGUUUUCUCAGAAAUGGCUGAUGAACUUGUUAUGUGUUCAGUACUAUUGUUAUAAGAAGUUAUGAUUUGUGUUACGAUAUACUUAUUUCUUUAUUAAUUUACUUGUUAAGUUGCAUGGCCAAGGUUAACAGAAAUAAAGAUCGCUUUUUAAUAAAAGUCGUUAUUUUCCGGUUGAA